CAGUAAUUGUUUUCCAGGUUCCCAGUGUCACCGUGCCUACACUGAGGUGGCAGGGGAUAAACGAGUACCUACAGAGAAAGUCUGCAUUGAUUUCAUCUCAUGAUGGAAUUUCAGAAGUCACCCGAUGGAGGGUGGGGCUGGGUGAUCGUGGCCGUCUCCUUCUUCACUCAGUUCCUCUGUUAUGGAUCCCCAUUAGCUGUUGGGGUCCUGUACGUAGAAUGGUUGGAUGCCUUCGGUGAAGGAAAAGGAAAAACAGCCUGGGUGGGGUCGCUGGCAAGUGGAGUCGGCUUGCUUGCAAGUCCUGUCUGCAGUGUCUGUGUCUCAACUUUUGGAGCAAGACCCGUCACGAUCUUCAGUGGCUUCCUGGUGGCCGGAGGCCUGAUCCUCAGCAGUCUUGCCCCCAACAUCUGCUUUCUGCUUUUUUCCUAUGGCAUCGUCGUAGGUCUCGGAUGUGGCUUAUUAUACACUGCGACAGUGACCAUUACUUGCCAGUAUUUUGACAGCCGCCGAGGCCUCGCACUUGGCCUGAUUUCAACAGGCUCGAGCGUGGGCCUGUUCAUCUACGCGGCGCUGCAGAAGGUCCUGAUCGAGCUCUACGGCCUGGAUGGGUGCCUGCUGAUCGUGGGCGCGCUGGCUUUAAACAUCCUAGCCUGCGGCAGUCUGAUGAGGCCCCUGCAGUCCCCCGACGGCCCUCUCCCCGCAAAGACAGCCCCCGAGAAUGUGCCAGACACAUACUCCAUGUACAGCGAGAAAGAGAAGAGCCUGGAAGAAAACUUGAACAACCUGGACAAGGGCUACGGGAGCGAAGAUAGGUGCAACAGCGCCUUGCCCAGCGGUGACUGGGGGCGGGAGACCCCCCUCCCUAAAAGCCGGACCGCGGCCGCGCGCACCAAGGAGCCCGAGCCGUACAAAAAGGUCGUGGCACAGACUUACUUCUGCAAGCAGCUUGCCAAGAGGAAAUGGCAGCUGUACAGGGACUACUGCGGCGAGACCGUGUCUCUCUUCAAAAACAAAGUCUUCUCCGCCCUUUUCAUCUCCAUCUUGCUCUUCGACAUCGGAGGGUUUCCACCCUCGCUGCUCAUGGAGGACGUAGCGAGAAGCUCCAACGUGAGGGAAGAGGAUCUCAGCAUGCCUCUCAUCUCCAUCUUCGGCAUCAUGACAGCCGUGGGCAAGCUUCUUUUGGGCAUCCUGGCCGACUUCAAGUGGGUCAACACGUUGUAUCUCUACGUGGUUACCCUGAUCAUCACCGGCCUGGCCUUGUGCGCAAUCCCCCUGGCCAAGAGUUAUGCCACCCUGGCGAUCCUUUCUGCCAUCUUGGGGUUUCUUACCGGCAAUUGGUCCAUCUUCCCGUAUGUGACCACGAAGACUGUGGGGAUUGACAGGUUAGCCCACGCCUAUGGAAUACUCAUGUUUUUUGCCGGACUUGGGAACAGCCUCGGGCCACCCAUAGUUGGUUGGUUCUAUGAUUGGACCCAGACCUAUGACAUCGCCUUUUACUUCAGCGGCUUCUGUGUCCUGCUGGGAGGCUUCAUCCUGCUGCUGGCUGCCUUGCCCUGUUGGGAAACAUGCAACCAAAAACUCCCAAAGCCGGCGCCAACAACCUUUUUUUAUAAAGUUGCCUCUAAUGUUUAGAGGGAUAUUAAGGCAUUAUUUUCUCUCUCUCUCUCUCUCUCUCUCUCUCUUUACUUUAUACCAUACAGCAAUGUAUGUAUGUAUGUGAUAAAUUGCUAGGCAGGUUCUCCAGAGUCAAGACCUUACAGUAAAACUUCUCCAGUUGACUCUGAAGGGGAGAACAUAUUUUCACAUACCUGUUCUUAUGUACUGUGUGUAUAACCUCUAUCCCUUGUAUUCCCUUCCCCCCACAGAAGUGGGGCCGUUCUGUUUCACUGUUGUUCGUAAGUUCAGGUUGUUAAACUGUCGACUAGCCUCACAAAGUUUUCUCUGGGUGAAGACGUCUCUACUCUCCCGUGAGUUCUACUGCAAGGUGCUCAGGGCGUCCUGUCUUAAACCGUGCACUCCUCAUAACAGGGUACAUGUGACGACCCCUGAGGAGUAAUUACCGUCUCCUCGACCGUCAGAACUGCAAGUCCAGAGAGGACACUGAGCAAACUCCUUUCUGGAAAUGAAAGUGGUGACGCAUCACUAAGACCUUGAAGACUUUAGACAUUUUAAAUCGCAGCUCUUUGUUGUCGGUUCUCUGUUUUCAUUGUGCUUGAAGAUGCACCAUGGGGCAUUUGGCGUCCACUGCGUAUGAACCUGCUCAAUUCCUCCAGCAGCCUUUCUGCUCCUAGGACCUUACUUCUGCUGAUGUCUCCUGAGAGCUGCCGAUUUGCUGGUUUCCAGCCUGGAAACACACCUUUGAACCAUUCCGUCUGGCAAGUGGGAAGCAUCCAUUUGCUCUGAGUGCCGUGGGAAUGGGUUGCAAGGCCUUGCAUGUCUUCCAAACGAUGUCUGUGGUGGUUUCUCUUGGGCUUUUCCACUCUUGCAUUUUAAUUCAUGGAUAGUCCUAAAAAAAGAUGCUCUGAUUCCAUAAGAGGUGGGAAAGGACAGGGCAAAGAGAAAUUGACACUCUCAUGCAACCUUAUUUAACCCUAAGAGCAAUGUCUGAGGGUGAAAAUAAUGUUUAAUACAUGGAUUUAUUCUUUCCCUCUAUAGAAAUGGGUUGCAACUUUGGUAUGCCUCAGAAUGCCCUACAGGCCCUUCAGAAACUUAGGUGCUUGGUACUAUGUUUUUUAUUUUAAUUCUGGACGUUGGGCCAAGCAUAUGUAUUUUUAAUGAACUCUGCAGGGAUUCUGGUGACAGGGCCUGAGGAUAGCUGUAGACCAGCAACAGUAGGACCAGGCUGUCCCUCAGGGAACAGCGAGGGCAUAGCAGGCAGGAAGCCCUGAGUUCAUAUCCCCAGUACUACAGGGGAAAAAUAAACAAAACACAUUGGCAACAGACAUUUUUUUUUUCUUGAAUAAAAGAAAAAAAAAGAUAAACUAUGUAGUCAGGUAUUAUAAAACAAACAGCUAAAGGUUCUUUAAGUAAGGGCUCCCUUCCUACUGUGCCGAAAUUGUCUUUUCUAUUCUUUAAAAUAUGUGAGAUUAUUUUGUACUGCAUUGCCUUCUUUUGCAUGUACCUGAAGCACUUUAUUAUACAGCCAUGAAAGCACCUCCCUGAGGUCAGUCCUGUGUCAUCAGCUAUGUCCUGUUUCAUCAACCAAGUUGAAAGAUUUCACAGUGUGGUCAAUCCAAUACAAUAAUAGGGCUCAAAGCACAUUAGACUUGUGCUCCACACUCGAACUUCUGGAAAGUUCUCUGUACCUCAUUCUUCAGUCUAUCAAAGUUAAUAAAACCUAACUCCAGCUCCAGGGGAUCCGAUACCCUCUUCUGUCUCCCACAGGCAUCUGUGUACCGGUGGCUUACACACAAAUGCACAGACACAUAAAUAAAAAUAAAAAAUUAAAUUUUAAAUUUUUAAAUAAGAGUUUAAAAAUGAAUCUUUAAAAUUUACAGCUAUGAUUUUUUUAAGCAAAAAUAAACAAAUAAAAAUAAACCUUAUACUUGUUUGUACUCAAA